AUGAGGGCAAAUUCAAAUAAAUUAACUUUACUUAUUAAAAUUUUUUUAUUUUCCCUAUUAAUAUGGAUAUUCCAGGACGCCUAUGAGACAAAUGUCUCUAUAAAAACAUGGAAUAAGAAGAUAUAUGCAAAUGAUACCUUAGAUGUAGGGAUAAGUAGAUUAUUAAGUACAGAAAGAUAUGUAGGUUCUAAAGACAGAAAAAAACAUUUAAAAAAGGGUUGUUUUCCCCAAAUUAUGGGAUGCAUAGAUACAUCAAAAUAUUUGGACAUCAUUUUAAAUACAUAUGAUUCAACAGUAUCUAAUUAUUUUCUUGCACAAUUAUAUGAAAAAUUAAAAGAAAAUGCAAAUCAAAACGAAGAAGAAUAUAUUUCAAGAGAAAAAGAAAUAAAAAAAUAUAUAUAUACUCUUUUAUUUUAUUUAGAAUUAAAAUAUAAAAAUAAACUAAAAACUCGGAGACAUUCUAACAAUGAAAAAUACAAAAAUUUUUUACAAAUUUUAUCUGAUCCCAAAACUAAAAAAAUGCUUAAUCUUACUAUUCCAAUGUUAGCAGUAACACAUUAUUCAUUUCAAUACAUCCCAUACCUAGAUCCUUCAUUAGAUGAAGUAAUUUUAUCUGAAUUAAUAUCAUAUGCAAACUCUAUUUUAGAUUCACAUAAAAAAUUGAAUAAAAAUGAAGCGAGUAAGUAG